CGUGUAUCCUCAUCAAGCUACUCUUCUUUCCUGCAAUGAAACACGCUGCCCCCUCUAUCAACCCUAUAUAAUACUGUACCUUUUGCUACAUUUUUUUUUUGGCACAACAAGAUCAUGGGGAUGAUGUCGAAGUCGGGGGCUUUGGACCUUGCUUCGAGCUUGGGAGGGUCGAUCGCCAAGGGGCAAGUCAAGUCGGCCACCGAGCAGUAUCAUAUGAAGUACCACCAUAUUUACGGAGGUGAAGAAGAAUCAAGGAAGUCAAAUUACACUGAUUUGGUAAACAAGUACUAUGAUCUUGCCACGAGCUUCUACGAAUAUGGAUGGGGUGACUCAUUCCAUUUUGCUGGCAGAUGGCAUGAGGAAACUUUCCAUGAAAGCAUUAAGCGCCAUCAGCAUUUUAUUGCCCUGCAACUGGGGCUCAAGAAGGGGAUGAAGGUCCUGGACGUGGGAUGUGGAAUUGGGGGACCUUUAACAGAAAUUGCCAGAUUCAGCUCAACGCUGGUAACUGAACUGAACAACAAUGACUACCAGAUGUCAAGGGGCAAGGAGAUCAUUUUUUCAGCAGGACUGAGUGAGCAUUGCGACUUCGUGAAGGGGAACUUCAUGGACAUGCCAAUCGCUGAUAACACCUUUGAUGCAGCCUAUGCAUUACAGGCGACAUGCCAUGCACCUGAUGCGCGAGGUGCCUACAGUGAGGUCUACCGAGUGCUGAAACCUGGGAAGUAUUUCGCACUAGAUGAGUGGUGCAUGACCGAUCGGUUUGAUCCAAACAACGGUAAACAUUUGGCCAUCAAGGCGGAUAUUGAGCUCGGCAAUGGUCUGCCUGACAUCCGUACCACUCACCAAUGUGUCCAAGCUAUGAAAGAUGCAGGAUUCGAGAUUAUCUUUGCAAAGGAUCUCGCCAAGGACCCUUGCCCUUGGUACCUGCCAAUGGACCCUAGCCAUUUCUCAUGGACUAGCUUCCAAUGCACCCGUCCCGGACGCUUCAUCACCCGUGCAAUUAUCAAGACACUGGAGUUCCUUCAUGUUGCACCAGCAGGCAGUAUGAGAGUCUAUCACUUCCUGCAGACUGCCUCUGAAGGUCUCCUAAAGGGUGGGCGGGAAGGGAUCUUCACUGCGACUUUCUUCGUGCUGGGCCGCAAACCUACCUACCGGGGAGACUGAAAUAGUAAACGGCGGCCUCUGACCUGAGUGGCAGGCAUUGUUUAAUGGAAUGUUAAUUUCGAGUAUGUAUCAUUGUAUGGUUCUGCUUACGCUUCUACGGUAUAGAGUUGGGAAAAAUUCGGGUGAUGCUCUGCUUUCGGUUUGGCUGUUGCGUCGAAAAUGCCGCAUUGUUCAGAGUUCAGACACGAGCAUUGUUCAGAGUUUGCAUUGUUCGGUUGAUGCUCUGCUUCCGGUUUGUCUGAACCUUGAGGACUUGUG